UGACGACCUCGCUCUUCCCAAACUGUCCCUCCAAUUUCUUUUCUCCUCUCCGUCCGUCCGUCUCUGCAGCCGCAAAGAGCAGGAGCACGAGCAUCUCCACACUCCCACUCUCCCGUCUACUCCAUGAGGGCGAGGUGAGCAAGACAAGACGGGGGAUCGGAAUCCCUCCCCGUUUCCCUCGGCGUCGUGAUCUGGUCUCCGGCGUCAGCCCUCUUCCUCCCCAGAGGUUUCAUCUAUGGGGCAAGAUGCUGGCUUGAAACGUGAGGAUCAUUCUAGAUUGGGAACAGGUCCCGGAAUUUCGCAGACCUCUUGCUGUGUUAAUGAAGAAAAUGAGAGUCGAAACAGAAGAUACCAUCAGUUGAAAUGCUCAGAUAGCAACUCAGGGGAGUUAAGUCUGGACUACGUCCCAAAUUUCCACUGCAGGAGCUUGCCAACAAGAAGCCGCAAGACAAGCACAGAACAAAGCAUUGUGGGGAAGCGUGGUUCUAUGUACCAGAGCUCUAGUGAAAUUAGCAGAAUCAGAAAAAUCCAGGAGGGCAGGAGGAAAAUAGACUCUGCAUUUGGUGGGGAUGCGUUUCUGUUGUUUGAUAUUGUCGAUGCAUCCUCUCGGCCUAGCACAAGUGGAGCUUAUCUUCACUCCCACCGAAAUCAGAGGUCAGGGGCUAAGUCUUCUGUGGAAACUACUCAUAGGAUUAAUCGGGCAUCGAAGGACUUUCUGGACCUUUCAUUCCGUGAGCUUCCUGACGAUAAUUUUAAGCUAGAUCGACCACGCUUGGACAGUACCAUGUUGAAAAAUGAUGGAGGCGAUGGCUUCUUGGAGAUUUCUUUUGAGAAAGAGAUCACAGACGGUGGCCCCUGCAGAGGUGCAGCUCCUUACUUGCUAGAUGUUGAGUCAGGUAAAUGUACCGAAACAGAUUACCAACUCAAGACCAGUGGAUGUCCCAGUGAGAAUAACCAUGGUGAGAGGGGGAGAGAUUCAGCAAGCAGUUCCAAAUCAAUGUCGGAGAAAAUAAGCUCUUCUGAUGAUACUUGCCGAUCUGGCAGUGUUCAGCAUCAUAUCAUAGAGAACAACACUAAAGCUCGAUCAAGCCCCUUCAAGAAGAUGUUGGACCCAAUCAUGAAGUCCAAAUCUCGUAGGAGCCCAUCUCUUGCUGAAAAGGGAGACCCCAACUCUAUAACCGGGCCUGGUAGCAGGAAAAAUUCAAUGUCCCGCAAAUCAUUGUUGGGUGAUUUUUCAAGAACUGAACAAGCAUCUAGUUGCCAGCCGAUUGGAGAAACACAGCGUAUCACAUCUGCUCUGUCACCUGCUCAUCUUCAAGCGGUUCUUAGAUUGGAUUCCAAGAAUGGUGUACAGGUUUCUGAAUUUUGUGUUGAGGGCCUGGAAGAAUCCAUUUCCGCCCGGAAUUGGAAAACUGGUGAUGAGUUGAACUCUAUUUACACCUUACAUAGUGGUGGAAAACGAUCCAGCGCUGCUGGAAGGAUCUCCAAAGAUGGAGGCUGGAAUUUACCCCCAAUUGUAGGGCAGCUGCAGGUUUCAUCUUAUUUAUGCUCUGAAGUUGGAAAAGAUGGUAUGGUGAAUAAUUCUGUCAUUACCGAGUUUGUUUCGUACGAUAUUGCUCAUGCAAGGCGAAUUGUUGAGAAGACUCAAUGUACAGAGGCCCCUCAACAGCCACUAUGCAGUGCCAUUGAUAAAUCGAUGUCUGGUGAAUCUCCACAGAUGAUUAAUCUGAUGGACCAGCACAAGAUUGGAAGAAAUAACUCGGAUGUAUCAACAUCCUGCCCAUGGUCUGAAGAAGAUCUUUAUCCUCAUUUGGAGAUUGCAGCAACUGUAAUAGAGGUUCCAUUUAGUAAGGAUAAGUCCAAGGAUAUGAAGAAUGGUUCAUCUCCUUGUUCUGUCAAAGUGGUUACACCUACUGGACUGCAUGGUUUACCAAGUGAAUCAGGAGCCAGCCCAUCUCCCUUGCUGGAUAGAUGGAGGUAUGGUGGAGGCUGUGACUGUGGUGGAUGGGACAUGGCUUGCCCCAUUGAUGUUCUUGGCAAUGCAUAUGAUGAUAACUGGGCUGAAUCUAUAACCACAAAUGCGAAACAUCCUAUGGAGCUCUUCGUUGAGGGUAGCAAAGAAGAGCUCCCUGCCCUUUCCAUGAAGGCGAAUGGGAAAGGACAGUUUUUGGUGGAUUUCCAUGCGCGUCUAUCAGCAUUACAGGCAUUCUCGGUUUGCAUUUCUCUGUUGCACUGUUCUGAAGCUUCGAUCGCCAUCAGUAUUGAGAAGGGGAAGCACAAGCUUUAUUCCAACUCACUCAAGCUGCUCCUUGAGGAGGAUGUGAGGCACCUAAUUGAGGCAGUCACCGCAGAAGAGAAGAAGCAACAGAAGAAGAGCCGGAGACGAAAGGCACCUCCAUCUGUUGUGCUUGACCCGCCUUUUUCUCCCAUUGGAAGAGUAUAGAAUCGUGUGUAGCAUUAAUUGCCGGUCAUGAUUUGUCUUGAUGUUCAUAUUUUUUGUAUUUAAGGGGCAAAUUUAUGUUGUUCAUAAGGAUGGAGGUUGCAUGUAGUUUUAGGUUUUGUACUGUUGAAAUGUCGAAUAGAAGAAAAGCUUAGGAGCAGUUCCAUGUACCGAUUGGAAGAACAUAAGUAGAUGAAGAAAGGCGCUAAUCGCUUCUGUAUGUAACAUCACUUGAAACAAUGUAGCAUAGCAUAGUGUUGAUUCCAAUUGUGCAUUUUGAGGUUUU